AGCUCAAGCUGCGGCAUGGCCAAAUAUGGAGGUCUAGCAAAAUUGUACUUUGAAGAACAAGACAAGACACUACCUGCAAGGGAUGGAAAGAAGGGGCAGCUGAUAAAGGUGGAGUACCAUAGAUUUGAGGAAAACAACUUCUGCAGUGGAAGUGCCUUUGUCCCAAAACAGGGAGGUGUUGAAGAAGAUGAUGGUUGGAUCAUCUCUUUUGUUCACAAUGAAGAUACCAACAUAUCUCAAGUUCAUAUAAUUGAUGCAAGAAAGUUUGACAGCAAGCCAGUUGCAAAAAUUACACUGCCUCAAAGGGUGCCAUAUGGCUUUCAUGGAACCUUCAUACCAAUGCCCAGACAAGCUUAGAUGUACGUUAUCUUUAGUGCCUAAAAUUGUAAACCCAAGUUGGUUUUAUCUUUGAAUGAACAAGUAUCUCAUUCAACUAAAUGUUGAUUUAACAUAAAUGUGGAUUCAUUUUUGUUUUACUUUUUUUAUA